CUCCUGUCCGUGCGGCCGCCUGUUCCACCCCCUCCCCUCCCCCCCCCCGCCAGUGUACCCGUCCACGUGUGUACCCGCCCACUGCCCCCCCUCCCCGCCCACCAGUGUACCCGCCCACUGCCCCCCCUCCCCCCCCGCCUGUGUACCCGUCCAUCCUCUACCCGCCCGCCUCCUGCUCUCCGCCAGUCCCCAGUCCCCUGCUCGCUCGCUCGCGCGCUCGACCGCAGGCCGGGACUUCCCGAUCCAGGGCAGAGUCAGCAGUUUACCUGCCUACCUUCUGAUUAAAACACUUUAAGACUGCUUGUAACGUUGAGUAUUUGGAAGGCUCCUAUAAUAAAGUUGAAACAGAGCCACAACAGAAUGGCUCUAGCAGGAGUCCGUGUAAUUGAGCUUGCUGGUCUGGCACCUGCUCCGUUGUGUGGAAUGAUUCUGUCCGAUUUUGGCGCCAAGGUGGUACGCAUAGAUCGAACAAGGGCAGCAGCAAAUGUUGACGUGUUGGCACGAGGCAAGCGUUCAGUUGCUUUGGAUCUGAAAAAGCCAGAAGGAGUCGGAGUGCUAAAGCAACUUUGUAACCAGUCUGAUGUUCUCAUUGAACCCUUCCGUCAAGGUGUCAUGGAGAGGCUGGGUCUUGGACCUGAAGUUAUACUUGAACGGAAUCCAAAGCUUAUCUAUGCCAGGUUGACUGGGUUUGGACAAAGUGGACCAUAUUCCAAAAGUGCUGGCCAUGAUAUCAACUUUAUUGCUGUCUCGGGUCUACUGUCAAAGUUUGGCAGAAAAGGGGAGAAACCUUAUGCACCACUAAAUGUUGUGGCUGACUUUGCUGGAGGUGGGGUUAUGUGUGCUAUGGGUAUAAUCCUAGCACUAUAUGAGAGAAUGCGAUCUGGAAAAGGACAAGUCAUUGAUGCAAGCAUGGUCGAAGGAGCAGCUUAUUGUUGUUCCUGGCUUUGGAAGACACAGAAUGUGGGUAUGUGGAGUCAGCAAAGAGGUGAAAAUCUACUGGAUACAGGAGCACCAUUCUAUGAGACCUACAAGACUUCUGAUGAAAAGUACAUGGCUGUUGGUGCUCUGGAGCCUCAAUUCUAUGAGCAAUUUAUUAAAGGCCUUGAUUUGGAUUCUGCCAACCUUGCCCCUCAGAUGAGCCAAUCUGACUGGCCAGAGUUGAAGAGAAUUUUUGCAAAAGCAUUUGCUGCAAAAAGUCAAGAAGAGUGGAUUAAGGUUUUUGAUCGGACUGAUGCUUGUGUGACUCCAGUUUUAUCUUUCCAAGAAGCUCUCAGUUAUCCGCAUAACCAUGAAAGAGGAUCUUUUAUCACAGAUAAGGAAGGGCAAGUGAGUCCCAGGCCAGCUCCUGUCCUAUCCCGGACGCCAGCCACUGUCAGCUUGGAGAGAAACCCAGAAGUGGGAGAACACACACAUCUUGUAUUAACUGAAUAUGGUUUUAACGAAGAACAGCUAAAUAUCCUGCAGUCUGCUGGGGUUAUUGAAUAUAGUAGAUUAAAAUCUAAUUUAUAAUGAAUUUAUGUGUAUUAUCCCAUUAAAAUUAAAAUUUAAGAUUUUGGAUCACUAAUUAAUUCUGAUGACCACGUUAAAACUGUUGAACCAAAUGUUAGCUGAUGUAAACAACUAUGCAAACUAAUUAUUUCGCAUGCUGUCAAAAAUACAUCAGAAAGACUGAGUUUCAUGUUAAUUUUUGUAUAGAAAGCUUUUAUUAUUAAACACAAAGCACUUCCAAGGUUAAA